AUGCCUUCACGCCAGUUCUUCAUUUUCCUCUUUUUUUUCCCCACAGUUUACUCUGAAUCUUUAUUAGAACGCUUAUACAGCAGUUCUCAGUUGAAAGUCCCAAGGUAUCUGAAAAUCGAGCGUCAUAAUCAAUUGAACGAUGAAGAUGCUCCGAUACCUCCUAAAGCUAUUGAUUUAAUUGGAAGCUUUAGAGGUGACCCAAUUAUUGGAAGACAACAAAAUGUGCUAGUGGAUGAUAAUGGCGUCCCAGUACCUAUUCAACCAUACUUUCCCGAUGGAAGAGGAAAAUUGCCAUCACGCUUGUAUGGGGUUUAG